ACGAGCUGUAUUUCUGUCGUUCUUUUUAUGUCAGCAGGCAAAGCGUAAUGAACAGUUAAAUUAAAUUGUCAAAUAUAUUGUACAUAAUUUAAACAUGUAUAAUUUUGAUUGCUUAUUGAACGUGUUUUAUUGGCAUUUAUAAAUAGCCGGUGCAACAACUUACCAUGGUAACAAACAAAUUCUUCGAUAUUGAUAUAAAGAAACGAUAUUAACCAGCACUGCCAUCUGUUUAGUUUAAGAUAAAGAGUCUGCAAUAUUUGUAUCGGUUGAGUAGCGAGGGUAGCGUCAGUAAAUAAUAACUUGCCUGUUUACAUAUUUAUUAAUGAUACAGCACAUAUUAAUAUGGUGUUGCGGUUCGAUGGGCUAGGACUAUGUUGUAAAGGAUCACGAUGAUCUUACAAUUUAAGGAAAAACUUCCUCGUGACCUGUCACUCCUCGUCUAAUCCAAUUGAGCUCUUUGGCUCUUGUCUAAGAAUAGUUCUUUAAUUUGCAAAAAGUGUCCAGGCACAGACACCAGUAGAGUCUUAGCGAUCAGACAUGAUGGCAAUAGUUUGGGUGAUUGUACAACAGGCCUACUUUCUUUGAAGGUAACAGAAGCUAAAAGAAACAUGUAGUGAUGAGACACACUGAAUUAAAACGUCCCGAAGACAUCAAAAGGAGAUCAGGACUUUUGUACAUUGAAUGCUAAGGUAUCUGUCCCGCGGCUCUGCAGGAUGAGCAGCACGUUUGUGACCCUCGCCGAGGUGCUGGAAGCCAGAGGAGGAGCACUGGAGGAAGAUGAGGUCUGGUCCCUCCUGCUGGGCUCGGCAGAAUCACUCGUGGACCUUUCCUACAAAGGUCACAAUUUCUGCAACAUUAUAACUCCUGCAUCACUGCUCUUGUCAGCAACGGGCACAAUGGCGUUUAAGAACUGUGCAAUGACAGAUGAGGUGUGUGCCUUUACAGCCCCAGAAAUGCUGCAAGGACGUACCAUUUCUACUAAGCUAGCCAUGGAGAAGAUAAUCGUCUAUUCCCUUGGUAUGACUCUCUAUUGGUCAGUUGAUUAUCAUCUCCCUCAAAACCAGCCCAUUCAGUUAAGUGACUCUCUAAAUUCCCUUCUUCUGAGCAUGUGUGAGGACAUGGCCCAUCGGCGAGCAAACCUGAACUCUAUCCUAGAGGUGUGCGAGUCACACCACAAAGCUUCUCUCCUGCCCCCUCCGAAUAAAGUCAUCAAACAGCUGGUGGAGGACGUCUUCCAAGAUUCUGUGGAUCGAGCUGCUUUAACUGAGAACGUUGUGCAGUUGAGUGGCAAGAGUCAAAUUAUCAGAGAACGACUUCACGGUAAGCGUGGGCCGUGUCCUGGUUAUACAGAGGGAAGUGUAGCAACAGGAGAGACUCGCAGACUGUCUCUGGACUCAAAGCAAGGAGUUUUCCAUCACCAGAAAUCCUGGUCUCUCAGAAGCAGAUCUAGUCAGACCACAGCCUAUGAAGGGCCUUCUAACAGAAUUCCAACGGACCUUCACCAAAGACGAAGCACAAGUUGUUGGCCAUCACGGAGUUCAUACCUCAGUGUUCCCAAUAAGGAUGAAGCCCGACUUUCCAGUCCCUGUAUUACUAUUAGCGAAUCUGCAGUCAGCCUUUCCCAAAUGAAAGCUAAGAGUCUUGGACCGGAGUUUACUAGAAUGAAUGAUGAACCUCAUAUCGUUUUAGAGCUGCCUGGAUCUAUAGUGUCAAAAAAGGGCAAGUCAGUUUUAUCUCAAAGGGAAGUUAACGUGAUCAUGCCAAAUGAGCAAUGUGUGGCAGUGAAAUGUGACAUCAAGUCUCGUGGAAGAGAUGUCUUUGACAUGGUCGUGGCUCAUGCUAACCUUGUGGAGCACUUUUACUUUGGCCUUGCUUUCAUUGAUGAUGGUGAAUUUUUCUUUUUGGACCAAGAGACAAAAAUCUCAAAAGUUGCUCCAGAUUCCUGGAAAAAAGCGGCUUCCGUGACAUUUACACUUUUUCUCCGUGUCAAAUUUUUCCCUGAUGACAUUUCGUACAUAUUGCAUAGAUUUACACGUCACCAGUACUAUCUCCAGUUGAGAAGGGACAUUCUGGACGACAGAGUCUAUUGUAAUGAAGAGACUGCAUUGUUUCUCGCUGCCCUGGCACUGCAGGUUGAGUUUGGGGACUACAUGCCUGAGGUUUAUGGAAAGAACUAUUUCCAGAUGGAGCAGUACAUAUCUAAGAGAGUUAUAGAGAAAGUGCCCUUGCCCUGUUUAAGAGAUGAGUUGCCAAGGUUACAUGCCAAUAAUGCCCAGUUGCUACCAGAGGAUGCUGAGACGGAGUUCUUAAAGAUUGCACAGCAGCUACCAGAGUAUGGGGUCUUGUUUCACAGAGUUGCCCGUGAAAGGAAACCUAUUAUUGGAGAGUUGAUGUUGGGAAUUUGUGCCAAAGGAAUUAUGGUCUACGAAGUCAAAAACAAUAGUCGCAUAUUAAGCCGCAAGUUUAAUUGGUCAGAGACAGACAGUCUUUCAACAAAUAGAAGAAAACUCACUAUUGAGUGCAGUCCAAGUGGUAAGAAGCACUCAUUUGAGACCGAGAGCUCAAAGAUUGCCCAAUAUCUGUUGAAUCUCUGCUCAGCCCAGCACAAGUUUCACAGUGAGAUGACCUCGCGUCAGCUAACCUACUGUUUGGCCUCAGGUGACAGCGUGGCAAAAUAUAUGUCAAUAUGCCGAGCUCGACACGAUCAGAUAAAAAGGCUCUCUUGCUCUGAGAUAGUGCUCAAUAAUGUUGGUUUGAAUGGCUUACCGAACGACUCCAUGAGCAGGUCGUGUGACGACCUGCCAGCGAAGAUUGGGGUCCGGAUUCAGAAGCAGAGCGAUAACAGUUAUAUUCCUGAACAGAGAGGUCUGAAUGAAAAUAAAGAUCAGAGCCAAAGCUCCAGCCCGCUGGAUGCUUUAGGUUUUCCGAUAUAUCGCAUCAUGUCUAAUGUCUCCCUGCAGAAGCAGGACUAUGAGGCUCAUUCCACCACUUCAUCUAUAAGAGUGGACACUCCCACAAAAACUCCCCCUGAGAGAGAAAUCAUAUGUGUUACUCUGAAGAAAGAUCCUAAGCUUGGUUUUGGUUUUGUAAUAGUUGGGGAGGACAACACAGGAAAGUUAGAUCUUGGAAUUUUUAUUGCAUCCAUUGUUCCCGAUGGCCCAGCUGAUAAGGAUGGCAGAAUCAGACCAGGUGGUCGGUUGAUCUCUCUAAAUAAGAUCAGUUUAGAGGGAGUGACGUUUAAUACAGCUGCUUCCAUACUCCAGAACAGCCCAGAUGAAAUAGAGCUCAUAGUGUCCCAACCCAAACAGGACUUCCGUGACAGCAAGACCUCUUUGGCUUCAUCCAAUCUAGGGAUAAUGCUGGAAAAAGGCUUUGACUCCCAAAGCACCCUGAAUGCAGAGUACAGGCCUGUUAUGGAGGAGCUGGAGGAGACCCUCUCCAACAUCAUGGCUCCCAAAAUGGGAAAAAGACUACACGUACCUGUAGUGCGGAUUCUGGACGUCCAGGAUGAGCUGUCCAAUACGUUAUCCAGCAAUAAACCUGGUGAUGUCAUCUACGUGGAGCUCAGAAAGAUCAACGGCAGCUUGGGGAUCAGUGUUGCUGGAGGAAUCAACACCAGUGUACGUCAUGGAGGAAUCUAUAUCAAGGGUGUGAUGCCGGGAGGAGCAGCAGAUCAGGACGGAAGAAUACAUAUAGGUGACAGGCUGCUGGAGGUGGACGGCUGUAACCUGCGUGGUGUCACCCACAGGCAGGCGGUAGAGUGCCUGAAGAGAACAGGAGAGAUGGUAAGCUUGGUUCUGGAGAGAGAAGCUCCGGUGGUGCUGGACAUUUCUAGUGCCUAUUCCACAUUAGAUAGAGAGAGAUCUCCAUCACCCCUCAGCACACAGAGCACACCCACCCCCCGAAGGAGAAAUGUCGCCAUGGAAACGCCCUUGUCUUUCCCCGCCAAGGACUUCAGCUUUGUGUCAAAUGAUGAAGCGGUUACACAGGAGGUGAUCCUACAGAAGAGUUCGGGUGGCCUGGGCUUAAGUUUCCGCAUUUCUGAGCUUUAUCCUGAUGAGGGCAGCAUAGUGCGUAUUAAGAGGCUUUUUCCUGGUCAGCCUGCAGGGGAUUGUGGGCUUCUGAAGGAGGGAGAUAUAAUCAUGGCUGUCAAUGGAGAACCUCUUAGAGACCUAUCAUAUCAAGAAAUUCUGCAUCUCCUCCAGAAAUCGCCAUCUGAGGUCAGGUUGUCAAUCUGCAGACCUCCACGUGCUGAACGUGCAGAUAACGACAUUUUACUGGAUCCUGCAACGCUUCCAAACCGUGAACAGAGAUCCAAAUCUCUAGACCUGCAAGCGAGGUCUCUCGCCCCAGAUCUCAGUGAACUCCUCAAGAAGACGGCUAAAGAGAUGGUUAUAAAGAAAGAUGGUUCUCCAGAGAAAACACAAGAUAUCCUAGAUAAUGUGCUGAUGGACAAGACUACAUCAGCCCCUCCAUCUCCACCUUCUCUUCCAUCCACAGGUGAAGCAGGGGAACCAAAACCCCCUGUCAUGAUGGAGCAGGACUUUGAUAACAAAGUCUCUCCUCCAACCCCAUGCACUGCUAAAAUGACAACUGCCAACACAGCACCAACAACUCCAAUAGCCUCUGAAGCAGCAAUAACAGCCGAUCAGCAAGAAUUAAAAGAUGAUAUCAUCUCAAAAAACAAUGGUAGCUCAACACAUACCAGUCACACCAAUGAAGAUAUGGAUGAGAGCAUGAUAGAUACCUUAGCUAGCGGCCUGACAUCGGUCCUGACCAAUGAAGAAUACUCGGACAUCACCACUACAGCCCCCUGUUCUCCUGCCUGCAGCACCUCUGUCUUCCAACAUCUGCUUCCUUUAUCGCCCCUAAACACACCUCCACCCUACCAGGAAGCACCUCCUGCGGAAUCGACACAUCAGCCACCCACCCAGUCCAGUGCCCCUUCAACUAGCAACAAUGGCUGGGAUGAUGAAGAUGAAGAGGAUGAUGAAGAUCCCAGAAAAGACAUGUUGAAGGAGUUUGAACUGACUGUCACACUCACCAAAUCAUGGUGUGGCAGCUUUGGUUUUACCAUUACCAGGAGUAAACAGGACAACUGCUAUUACGUCCAGGAAGUCCUGGAUAAUCCAGCCAAAUCAGACGGCAGACUAAGAGCAGGAGACAGGCUUGUCAUGGUGAAUGGCCACAAUGUAACUAAUGUGCCAGAUCAUGUGGCCAUUAGCAUUCUCCGGUCCUCCUCCAAAAGACUGUACAUGGUACUGUGCAGAGCUGUGCAAAAUCUGCUGCCACCACCACCUCCAGACACCCUCCAAGACAUUGUCAUAUCUAAAACUCCAUCUGGACAACUGGGUAUCAAGCUCACCGGUGGCAUUGGCAGUAAAUGGCAGGGAAUUUAUGUCCUGGAGGUGGUGCCAAACUCCCCUGCUAGUGAAGAGGGCAGCAUCCAGCCCAAUGACAAGAUUGUCUACAUUUGCGGGAAAUGCACACUGGGGAUGACAAUGGAGGAUGCAGUGAAAGUGUGUGAGGCCGCUCCACGUAGAGUCACAUUCAAAGCCAUGAGAGAUGAUCAGCCAGUGAUACCAAAAGGUCUGUUCGAAUGGACGGAGAAACCGUUAUUUCCUCCCCUGGAAGAUUCCAGCUCACCUGAAAUGGAAGCAGUACCUGCAGAUGGAAGAUUCAGGAAGAGGCUUUCUGUGACAUCGGAGCAGGAGAGCUGCAUUGUCCAGGUGGAGUUCACCAAGUCGGAGAGGGAUGGGCUGGGCUUUGCCCUGACGGGCGGAGUCAAUGGGAGCGCUCUUAGAGUGAAGGAUAUUUGCUGUGGAGGCAUGGCCGAACAGGAUGGCCGUCUGCGAGUGGGAGACAUCAUUUUGGAGGUGAAUGGCAUUAUCGUGUCAGGUCUGAGCCACUGUAAAGUUGUAGAUAUUUUGAGGAAGGCAGAGGGCACGGUUCAGCUGACCGUUUGUAGGGACAUCCUCCCCAUGUCAGUCUGCUCUGGUUCAAGCUCCCCUACCAAAGCCUCUCCGGAUAUAACCACAUCCAAUUCUGCAGACCACGCAGGUUUCCAAACCUCUGGUUGUCCUGGAAGAGAAUGUGAGCAGGAAAGUCGAAACUGUACACCUACCUGUCAGAGGUGUUGCCCAUCUCUGAGAGUUACGGACAUGUUACAGGAAAGGACAGACCCCCAGAAGCAGCAACUAGAAAACUCUGCCAGUCAGAAAAAGCAUAGCCAGUCAGACGGCUGGAGCAGCAGUGAUGAGGAAGAUGAUGGUGACGAUGACGAUGACGACGACAGCGUCCUUCUUUCAUCGCCCCUGGAGAUCGCCCCUCACACAGGUGAAGCGAUUGUGUCAGAAGAGGAGCUUGCCAAUCUUGCAGUAAUAUCCCCUUCUAAGAAUGGGCGGUACUCUGGCUGUAGGGUCAAAGCCCUUAUCCAGUCUCUUGAACAGCUGGAAAAGCAAGAUCUGAUCAAAGAGUUUAUGGCUUUAGAGCAUUUGAAACCCUCAGACAACUGUCUGGUUGGAAAAGCCCCUGAAAACCGUGAGAAGAACAGAUAUAGGGAUAUCCUGCCCUACGAUAAGACGCGGGUUCCUGUUGGAGAAAACAAAGACUACAUCAAUGCCAGCUACAUUCGUAUGAAGGUGGGCACAGAAGAGUUCCUCUACAUCUCCUGUCAGGGCCCUCUGCCAGCUACACAGGAUAACUUUUGGCAGAUGGUGUGGGAGAACAAGUCUGAUGUUAUCGCUAUGAUGACUCAGGAGGUAGAACGGGGCCGGGUCAAAUGCCACAAGUACUGGCCCGAGAAGCUCAGCGUUCCCAAAGAAACUGACCGUUACCAGCUCAUUCUGGACAACCACCAGAUGCUCGGCUAUUUCCAUAUUAAGAUCAUCAAAAUGGUGGAAAAAGAGACUGGUGAUGUUCAUUUUGUGAAGCAUCUGAAGUUUACCACAUGGCCCGACCAUGGCACACCCCACUCCUCUGAGCAACUGGUGCGAUUUAUUCGCUACAUGAGGGCUAUACACUCUAAAGGGCCAAUCACGGUUCACUGCAGUGCAGGCAUUGGUCGGGCCGGGGUCCUCAUCUGCACUGACGUCAUCCUCAGUCUCAUUGAGAAAGAUCUGAGUAUUAAUGUGAGUGACAUAGUGAAGGAGAUGAGACUUCAGCGCCACGGCAUGAUUCAGACCAAAGAACAGUACCUCUUCUGUUAUAAAGUCUGGCUGGAAGUUUUGCAGAGCAUCUCACUUCUUCAUGGUAACCACUGGCAAUCUGAAUCCUCUUCAUGUUUGAAUCCUUAAAGUCUUACUGUUGUUUCCUGAAAAAUGUUUUUGAGUGGCAGAAUGAUGAUUUUAUGUGUGUCUUAUAUAGUAUGACCACUUGUCCAAAUAUUGACAAUAUUAUAGAAAAUAGAUUAAUUCAUUAACAGCAAUAUCUGAUUUAUAUUUUUAUAUAUUGUCACCCUUAGAAAUCCUGAUUUCAUAGCCUUAUAGUCAUUUUGCGUGGGAUGUGUGGUAGUUUUGUUUUCCUUAUGAUAAAUCAAACAUCAAUGAUUUUCACUAUUUUAAAAAUAUAUCCUUAAACCAUGUACACAAAUGACAAAAUGUAUUAUCCAAACCUAUAUAUCUUACAGUAUUGCACUGUAUGAGCUUGACAGUAUUGCAGUGUGGGUGAUUUUAGUUGCUAUCAUCAUCUUUUAAAUGCUUGUUAGACUCUCUGGAGAAGCAGCCGCUAGACAGACAAUUUCAAUCAAUUUUAGCAAAGUGCCUUUUGAUUUCUAUACUGUAUGUGGGCAGUUUUCUUUCUGCACUCACUCAGAUUUUACUGUAAGCAGACUGUUUUACCUCCUCAUUGACAGAAGGUCAGAGCAGACAGAGGUAUCCCAAAGAAAUCAGUAUAUGAUGCACAGAGAUUACAAACCAUAGCCUUCUUUUCUCUGAUGUUUGUGAGCCUCUUAUGCUCUGCUUGCUGGCACAAUAUUUUCACUUUGACACCAUGGCAAGUAUUUACUUAUACGUGUAAUGGAUUCUUGCGGUGAGGAUCUACAGUCAUAAUAUUAAGCAACAAACUCGUGAAUGUAUCAACAAUGGCGAUGGACCAAUAUUCUGUAAUCUUUUACUUCUCACUGUAAACCUACAGCACAAUAAUUUGCAGCACAAGAAUGUCUUAAACAAUUUAUUUCAGAGCACAUCAGAGCUUUUAAAGUUUCUUAACAUUUAAUGUUAUUUAUUUGUAUUGCAGUACUUUUUAACAGGUAUUGUAAAAAUGUGAACCUACAGUAUCAGUGUAUUGCUGUAUUACAAUAUAAACGUUGUACUUGAAUGCCAAGUAAGGGAGAGCGGGGCACAACCUAACGCUUUUUGACUUUGGCUCUAUCAUUCAAAAAAUAUUUAAGUUAGAUCAAUCAUUUUUUACACAAUCAACACACACAUCUCUGCUACAAAUAAACACUUAAAGUUUGUUUGUGGGACCUACCGUUAUUGUACAAUUACACCGAAAGUGACAGUAGUGCAAAUGUUACAACUUACCCCAUAGGUGGGGUUAAUUGUAACAAACAGAGGGUUUGAUUUAGUUUAAACACAAAUAUUCAAUAAAAUUCUGUCUAUAUACUAAAGGUGGAUAUUGUUUAUAUAUCUGCCUAUAAUAGAUAGAUAUCCACAUAUUCAUCCAUCCAUGAUCCUUCAUCUAACCAUCCUUGUAUUAUGCAUCCAAACAUAUAAAUAGAUUUUUUUGUAAGGGCUGCACAAUUAAGACAAAAAAAAUCAUAAUUGUGAGUUAUUUCCCCUGAUAUUGUAUCAACAGUUAUCAUCUUGAUGAAUAGUAUUUAUUUCAUUAUCAUUGUAUACUGGAGGCUUUAUUAUAACACUGUUAACACUAACCCCGCUGUGUAAAAAAAUGAUUUCAAUCCCAGCUAUCAGUUACUAGGAGUUGCUGACAUGUUUCAAAAUGGUGUUAUGUUUUAGGUAACAAGACAGUGAUUAAAAUAAUAUAAGGUUGGAUUUGAUGACUUACACACCCAACUCAGAAAUCGAAAAGAAAAAAAAACAUAAGAUGAAGAAAUUUACUUUUAUGCCUCCAAAACACUCUUUGUUCAAUAUCUUAACCAAAACACAUCAAAACUUUUCACAAAUUCACAGGAGAUCUUCUGACAGUAAGAGAAAUUUACCAAAAGCACAGAUUGCUGUAAAGUAGCUGCAUUACAAUUAACCCCGCAUUAGUUUGUGCCCCGCUCACCCAUACUGUAUAAGCUAGUCAGUCGUAGUUAUAAGAUGUAUCACACGUGUAUUAAUCUAUAACUGUACUUGUUUUUACAAAUAAAAUUAGCACAUUAUUCGUCA